AUGGGAUUCAGACGUGUAGCCAAAUUUGGCUGGAUAGCUUUCCUCUGGUCCUUGUCUUUGACCCUGCUACCGAUCCUGAACGGUCUGUUGGCCGGCGUCCUGUUCUGUUUCUGGGACAGGAGGGAAGUCAACAACAACAUGCAACAUUUCACCGAUGAGCUUGGCGAAGUAAGCGCGCAGGAAUACUGGACCGUGCCCGGUGCUCAAUCAUUCAGCGACUACAUGGACAACACCAGAGCUUUCCACUCGACUCGUCUCAGCACACCCCGUUGGACGAUGCAAUUGGACUACCAAUUGCCCAUCGAAUACUAUGGCGAUGGUGGAAUCGACAGGUGGGCCGACUUGGACCAUCUAAUGGCUGAUGUGAAGAGUUGCAACCCCGCUGUGCCAAAAGAGUCCUGGGUCUACAUCACCGACCUGGCGUCCCCAUGGUUCCCGUAUGACGACUGGAAUGAGGCCUUUGACGAUCUCAUUCAGAAGUCAUACGUAAGUCAUAGUCUGGACGCUACAUCGUUUCACUUUGUGGAAUGCUCGCAUUCUGCUUUCUUGUGCGGCAUCUGGAACGUUAAGCCGCCAGCGCUGUUGCACCUCUCAGUCGAAGACUCUGCGCCAGCAUCGGACGAGUUGGACCCCGAUCUGACGUACGCCGUUGAUCGAAAACGUUUGCGGCCUGUUACUGCCCGCAUCAUCGAACUUCCUGUUCAAGAUGCCUUCCUCGGUCGACCAUGGCACGUCUUUCCGAGCCCGAAAGAACAACUUCAGGCUCUUAUCAGCACUCCUGGUCUUUACGAGCAAUUUGACCCAUACGACAGAGAAGAACAGAUUAUGAAGAGAUUCAACGAAUACAUGGACUCGUUCUGGGACUGGAAAGGGAGCGUUUUCUAUCUCAUGAGGCGUACGGAGUCAUGGUGCCAGGACUACAUCACAGAGCCACUUGGAAUCGAGUCAUACCUGGUCGACCUCCAGUCGCUCACUUUCACCGUCACCUUCCUCUUGGCGCAGCUGAUACUUCUGCCAGUGCAGUCUGCUUGGCAAGCUGUCAAAGACUUCUUCGGGUAUCCCGGUGCUGGGGAUUGGACGUUUGGAGGUUCCGAUGACCCUCCGACGAACUUCAUGGAGGAUAUGUUCGGCGGUUUCAUGCAGAGCAUGGCAGGAAAAGACCGCUUCUCUCAGCCGACCGCGGACAGCUGA